AUGCAAAGGUUGACCAGAAUCGGAGUCUCCACUACCAGAAUUGGAGCCUCGGGGGCCCGAAAGUUAUCAUCAGGACCAUCGGGAUCGUUGAUUGCCGAUCCAUUGCGUCCAGAAAGAAUAGCAAAGUCACAAUCCAACAGUCUGUUCCCAACCCCACGGUUUGUCUCUUUUGACCUCUGGGACACUUUGUAUACCCCCAAAAAACCCAUUCCUGAGCAGUACUACCUGAUCUCUCAUGGAGAAUUCGGACUUGACAAGCUGCUUGAGAGUAUCCAGCGAGAAUUUCCUACUGUUUACGCCGAUAUGUUGGCCAAGUACCCCAACUACGGAAAGCUGACAACUGACAUCACCUCUUGUGACCAGUGGUGGCUGGAAUUGAUAGUGAAGUUAUACGGAUUGCCGCACUACUCUACUGAUUCGACGUCUCGGGCGUUAUGUGAGCGACUUUUGACUCAUUUUAGCUCGUCAGAGGCCUACGAGUUGUAUGACGAUGCCAUCACCGUGUUGCAGACGUUACACAACAACAAUGUGGCCAUAAUAGCCGCCACCAACUCGGAUGACCGCGUUUAUGCCAUCAUGGAGAGUUUGGGUAUUGACAAGUACUUUUCUGCAGUUUAUCUUUCAUACGACUUGGGAUACUCAAAGCCCGAUAGAAGAUUCUACAACCAUAUCUACAAGCAACGGUUUCUGCUGGCCAAAAGGGCCGAUCCGCUGCUCGACACCGCCAGCUACUUGGAGAACGUUUGGCAUAUUGGUGACCACUACGAAAAGGACUUUGUUGGCGCCAUCAAGUCCGGCUGGAACGGCAUUCUCUUGGAUAGACGUAAGCAGAGUGUGUUCAUGCAAGCCAACACCAUCAAGCCCAUUUCUAACGACUGUUUUGAAGGGCAAUCGUGUAAUACACUAGAGGGCGAUGAUAUGGUGAUGAUCGCCAAUAAUCGAGUAUGUGUGAGUGGGCUCCGCCCGUUAAUCCGGUUAUUUGGUAUGGGUGAAGAUUAG